GGUCACAUGACACAGAGGAUGCGCACGAAAAUUAUCGUCCGGAUAGAAAACACGCAGGAAAAUGUCUGAGAAGGACAGCGAAACCUUUGAUGUGAUGGAACUGGCAGAGCAUGUCAAGAAACAAAGGUGGUGGAACAAAAUGUUUGGCAAAAAUAACUCUGGACCAGCUGCUGAGAAGUACUCCGUUGCAACACAGUUGGCCAUUGGAGGAGUGAGCGGCUGGUGUGCAGGGUACUUGUUCCAGAAAGUUGGGAAGCUUGCAGCAUCAGCUGUAGGUGGAGGCUUCUUUUUGCUCCAGAUUGCUCAUCACACAGGCUACAUUACAGUAGACUGGAAAAGAGUUGAGCAAGACGUGAACAAGGCAAAGAAGCAACUGAAGCUGAAUUCAGACAAGCCUUCUAAAGAAGUGAGAACAAAAUUUAAUGAGGUGCAAGUAUUUGUCAAGAAAAACAUUGUUCUCACAGGAGGCUUUGCUGGUGGAUUUCUGCUUGGUCUGGCUUCAUAGGAUCUCUCAUUGUAACGUCUUAUACUCCGAGGAUGUCAUCUAACAUCAGAUUACAGCUUUUGUGUGAUAUUGCAGCUUGUAUUUAACUCAGCACUCCUUUUUUUUUAGAUCAAGAUUUGAUUCUUAGGAUGUGUUCAUAUAUAUAGAAAACAUAUAUCGAUGCUAGAAUGUAUGGUUUCAGUUUUUGGAUUGUACAUUGUUUUUAGUUUGUAC